GCCCGCGAGCCUCCGGGGUCGUGACAUCGCCGAGCAACAAAAAGGCCCGGCGGCGGCCCAGCUACCCCCGGCAAUGGUGCGGUGCUGUACGAGCGGCGAGCGGACCGGCGGAGCAGCGGGAGCGGGCCCCUAGCGCGGCUGCUCCACGCGGGACGGCGGCAGCAGCAGCAGUCUGCUCCCCACCCUUUUUGAUUUUUUUCCCCUCCUCAUUUUCUCCUCCCUCCUUUCUUCUUUCUUUUUAAGGGAGUGGAGGAAAGUCAAGCUUCAUCUGAAUGUUACUGCGGGAGUCUCAGUAAAUUGUCCGUCUGUCUGAUGCGGGUGAUGCAAAGGACAUUUUUAAAACCGAGCCUCCUGACUCCGUAGGCAUAGGUACCCAUUCACGGGCAGGCACACGAACACACACGCGAGGAGAAAGAAGAAGAAGCAACAACUUUUUCGAUCGCUGCUUUUAAAGGGGAGAAGCCCUUCCCUGGCCGGGACUUAACUUCUGCCUCCUCAACCAGCUGCUAAAAGUAUGUUUCUGAGGCGGACUGUACUUCAGGGAACUUCUGUUUUCUGCUCGGCAGCUGUAGGGGAACAGCAGCGAAGCCUGGAGUAACACCAAGUGAUGCGGGAAAAACACCCCGAGAGCAGAAAACCCUCUUGCAGACACAACCCCCGCUGCUGCACACAGGUUGAUCAUGGUUGCCGUGACCCGCUCUCUCCUGGCGCUGCUGCUCUGCCAGGUGCUGUUGGGCGGCGCGGCCGGCCUCAUGCCGGAGGUGGGCCGGCGGCGCUUCAUCGAGCCGGGCCGCGCCGCCUCGGCCGCGCAGCGUCCCGAGGACCUCCUCAGCGAAUUCGAGCUGCGCCUGCUCCACAUGUUCGGGCUGAAGCGGCGGCCCAGCCCCGGCAAGGACGUCGUCAUCCCUCCCUACAUGCUGGACCUCUACCGUCUGCACGCGGGCCAACAACUAGGGCAGCCGUCGGCGCUCGGCUACCCGCUGGAAAGGGCCACCAGCCGCGCCAACACCGUCCGCAGCUUCCACCACGAAGAAGUUUUGGAAGAACUGCCAGAAACGAGUGGGAAAACAGCACGACGUUUCUUCUUUAAUUUAACUUCCAUCCCUAAUGAGGAGUCUAUCACCUCAGCUGAACUCCAGAUUUUUCGGGAACAGGUGCACGGAGCCUUUGAGAACAGCAGCAGCUACCAUCACCGUAUUAAUAUUUAUGAAAUUAUAAAGCCAGCCACAGCCACCUCUAAGGACCCUGUCACAAGACUUUUGGACACCAGGUUGGUGCAUCAUAAUGCAAGUAAAUGGGAAAGUUUUGAUGUAACACCAGCUGUUUUGAGGUGGAUUGCACAUGGACAACCUAAUCAUGGGUUUGUGGUAGAGGUGGUUCACUUGGACAAAGAGAACAGUGCCUCCAAGAGGCACGUUAGGAUUAGCAGGUCUUUACAUCAGGAUGAAGAUAGCUGGUCUCAGCUCAGGCCAUUAUUAGUAACGUUUGGGCAUGAUGGCAAGGGACACCCGCUUCAUAAAAGAGAAAAACGUCAAGCAAAACACAAACAGCGUAAACGCCACAAAUACAGUUGCAAAAGGCAUCCAUUAUAUGUGGACUUCAAUGAUGUGGGGUGGAAUGACUGGAUUGUUGCCCCUCCGGGGUAUAGUGCCUUUUACUGCCAUGGGGAAUGUCCUUUUCCAUUGGCAGAUCACCUAAACUCAACAAACCAUGCCAUUGUUCAGACUUUGGUCAAUUCAGUGAAUUCCAAAAUCCCCAAGGCUUGCUGUGUGCCGACAGAACUGAGUGCUAUUUCUAUGCUCUACCUUGAUGAAAAUGAAAAAGUUGUAUUAAAGAACUACCAAGAUAUGGUUGUGGAGGGUUGUGGGUGUCGCUAACACAGCAAAUACAUUAGACAAAUGCAAAAAAAAAAACAAAAAAAAAAAGAGCUGACACUUUAAUAUUUCCCAAUGAAGACUUUAUUUAUGUAAUGAAAUGGAAAGAAAAGAAAACAACUAUUUUGAAAAUAUAUUUAUGUCUACAAAAAGUUGGGAAAACAAAUAUUUUAAUCAGAGAAAUAUUCCUUUAAAGAUUUUAAAUGUAUUUUAGUUGUACAUUUUAUAUGGGUUUAACCCCAGCACAUGAAGUAUAAUGGUCAGAUUCUUAUUUUGUAUUUAUUUACUAUUAUAACCACUUUUUAGAAGAAUAGCUAAUUUGUAUUUAUAUGUAAUAAAAAAAAUAUAGGGUUUGUACAUAAUUCUUCAGAAUUGUAGGUGUUUCAAUUGUGUGUAUUUAAGUUGAAAAGAAUACAUGGAAGGUUACUAUGGCAAAGUGCAUAGCACAUUUGCUUUCUGCUGUGCUACUGUUAAGGUCACAAGUUCAAGUCCAGAAAAAAAGUGGUUAAUCCACUCCGCUGACUUUCAAGAUUAUUUUAUUGUACAAUUCUCAGGAAUGCUGCCGGGUGGGCCAUCCAGUCCAUGAGAACUGGCAUCCUCUUUAGGUGGACCAUUUGGAUAAGAACCAGACGUUGCUGACAUAGUAUAAAUACUGCUAUUCCCAACUAAUUUGCAGUGUGAAUAUAAGAGAGGCCAAUAGAAAUCAUGUGGGGGGUGGGGGAAGGCUGAAUUUUUUCUAGACCUACAGAAAAAUGAAUGUUUGAUGUUUCCUUUAAAAGUCCUUCCUUAAAGUCCUGGCCAAAUACAAAACAAUAAAAACUGAAAUGUC